UUGCGACCUCGAAUCCGCACCACCACCCGCGAGCACUCCUCGUGAGAAACAUCCAGCCAAACAACUCGAUCACCAGACUGCCCACCGAUAUAAACCACCCGCACCUAACCUUCUUCCACCAUGGCGAGCAGAUCACGCUUGACCCGCUUCGACGCGUUCAGCAAGACGGUCGAGGAUGCGCGGAUACGCACCACCAGCGGCGGCCUGGUCACCCUCGCGUCCGUCAUCAUGGUGCUGUUCCUCGUCGUCGGCGAGAUCAGGGACUACCGCAGCGUGCAGGUGCAUCCCGAGCUGGUCGUCGACAAGAGUCGGGGCGAGCAAUUGCCGAUCAACCUCAACAUCACCUUCCCCGACAUUCCGUGCAACCUCCUGACGCUCGACGUCAUGGACGUGUCGGGCGAGCAGCAGACGGGGAUCACGCACGGCGUGCACCUGACGCGGCUGACCGCGCACCCGGAGUCGCGGCCGCUGUCGACGGAGCAGCUCGACCUGCACGGGGACGUGGCUUCGCACCUCGACCCGUCGUACUGUGGCGAAUGCUACGGCGCGAAGCCGGCGGGCGAGAAGCAAUGCUGCAACACAUGCGAGGAGGUACGGGAGGCGUACGCGGCGAAGGAGUGGGCGUUCGGCGACGGAUCGGGGGUGGAGCAAUGCGAGCGGGAGCACUACUCAGAGCACAUCCGCGCAAUGCGCGACGAGGGCUGCAACGUCGCCGGCCACCUCAGCGUCAAUAAGGUCGUGGGCAACUUCCACUUCGCGCCCGGAAAGAGCUUCUCCACCCCGCAGAUGCACGUGCACGACCUGCAGCAGUUCUUUGCCUCCCCGAAGGAACACACGUUCUCGCAUGUCAUCCACGCGCUCAGCUUCGGCCCCGAACUCCCCGUCGGCAACGUCGACCCAAACCCCCUCGAUAAGACGAGCCACUUCACAACCGAGCGCAGCUUCAACUACAUGUACUUCAUCAAGGUGGUGUCGACGUCGUUCCUGCCGCUGGGCGUGCAGCCGGGCCAGCCGGGCGCCAUCGAAACACACCAGUACUCGGUGACCAGCCACAAGCGCAGUCUCAGCGGCGGCAGCGAUAAGGAGCACCCCGACACGCUGCAUGCCCGUGGAGGCAUCCCAGGCGUCUUCUUCAGCUACGAUAUCUCCCCCAUGAAGGUCGUCAAUCGCGAGGUGCGCGAGCGCACGUUCCUCGGAUUGUUGACCGGGAUAUGUGCAAUCAUCGGUGGUACCCUCACGGUAGCGACGCUCGUGGAUAGGACACUGUAUGAGGGCGGCAUGAGGAUACGGAAGAUGCAUCAGGGAUAGGAGGGAUAGGCAGUGGGCUUCGUCUUGUUUGAUUUGCAACGGGUUUGCAGGGUGGGGGAAUUGGUAGAUGUGAUUUGUGUUUUCUGUUACCCAUUUGUGUGUUUGCUUGCUUGCUUGCUUGCUGUUUCCUUGGGCGUAUUUAUCGUGUGUGCUUUUGUGCUCGCGGGCUUGUGGGUUGUGGGUUGUGGGCAGGGCAGCCUCCUUGCAAUGGAAGGUUGAGGUUUGAUACCAUUUUACUCUUAGGUACUCUUGAGUGAAGGCGGGUUGAGUUGUUCAGUAGGAGUUGCAGGAAUGAAAAGUAGUAGAGCC